AUGCUUAUAGAUUACAAAAUAUCAUCUUGCACUAAGAACGAUACUGCCCUUGCUAUACUCUCUGUUGAGUGUAUGACUGAUAAACUACCUGUACUGGAAAAUGUUAAUAAUAAAGCUGAUAUAUAUGAAAGUUGUGAUUCAAAAAAUAAGGCUGAUACUUUGACUGUAAAUAAAAAUAUUGAG